AUGCCUAUUUCUAAACUCACCUUCUGCACCUUUCUUCUUCUUUUUCUUUUCGCCAACGGAUCCAACGCCACAGCUGCAAAGGUUGAUGUCGGAAUCAUUCUUGAUCUUCAGACGCCUCUUGGAAAGAGGUACAAAACUUGCAUUUUCAUGGCCAUUGAAGACUUCUACUCCAAGAACAGUAAUUAUAGCACCGUGAUCGUGCCACAUUUCAAGGAUUCAAGCAAAGACGUUGUUUCUGCAGCCAUUGAUCUGAUGAAAGAAUACUCAAGUAGUGGCUAUUUGGGGGCCACAAACAUCCAGUCAAGCAGACUUUGUUAUAGAAAUCGCCAAAGCAGUAGCUGCAGUUGUGAAGAACUUUGGUUGGAGAGAGGUUUUUUUUUUAUCUACGAGGAUACGAAAUAUGGUAGUGGAUUAGUACAAUUUUUGGCUGAGGAGCUGCUAAACAGCAAUGUCUCAUCCAGAAAUGCAGUGUCUCCUUCUGCUGAAAAUGAUGAGAUUCUUCAGCAACUGAAUGAGAUAAAGAAGAAGCUGCAGGCAAAGGUGUUUGUGGUUCACAUGCUACCAUCUCUUGCAUCUCGAUUCUUCCAAAUGGCGAAAGAAGCUGGGAUGAUGAGCAAGGGGUAUGCAUGGAUAAUUGCUGAUCAGCUAACUAGUUUAUUGGAUUCAGAAGGUAUUGAAGCAAUGCAGGGAGUAGUAGGUGUGAAGGCUUAUAUCCCGAAAUCUGACCAAGUUAUUAGCUUCGUUAGAAGAUGGAAGAAGAGGUUUUCUGAGGAGAAUCCGGAGAUUGAAAGACCAGAACUGAAUGUUUUUGGUUUGUGGGCUUAUGACAGCAUAGCUGCUGUAGCAGAAUCCGUGGAGCGUGUACGCGCAGAUGCAUCUCCAAGAUUCAAGAACAUGGCUCGUGGAGGCGGCUCGAUAGAUUUGGAAGCGAUAGGGACUUCAAAUAGUGGUCCAAAACUUGCACCAUUGAUCAGAAAUUUUAUGUCUAAAGGGCUGAGUGGUGAUUACAAUAUCAGUGAUGGUCAGUUACAACCAUCCGAAUUCGAGAUUGUGAAUGUGAUUGGUAAUGGAGUAAACACUGCCGGAUUCUGGACAGUACAGAAUGGCGUUUUGAAGGAUCUUGCCAUCAUAUGGCCUGGCAAAACAACUAUCGCGCCUCAUGGCUUGAGCGGGAGCAAGUUGAGAGUCGGAGUUCCUAUAAACAUGACAUUUAAUGAAUUUGUCAGAGUUGAAAAGGAUGAAGAUGGUGCUGUUAACGCAACUGGUUUCUGCAUUGAUGUUUUUGAGGAAGCUUUGCAGUCAUUAGCCUAUGAAGAUGGACUUGCAAUAGAGUAUAUCACAUUUGAAACUGGGAAUUAUGAUGACCUUGUUUAUCAAAUAUUUCUUCAGAAUAUUGAUGCAGUUGUGGGAGAUGUGACCAUUACAAGUAACAGAUCAAAAUUUGUUGAUUUCACUGUUCCUUACACAGAACCUGGAGUUGCUAUGCUCGUGCUAACCACAGAUAUAAAGACGAAGAAUGCUUGGAUAUUCAUGAAUCCUCUUAACACUUGGCCUCUGCAUCUUCACCGGAUUUGUAGUUUGGGUUCUUGA